AUGCUCAAGCUUAGACAACAUGUUGGGCUGUUCUUCCAAAGGACUGAGUCAACCCAGUUCCUUUGGGACUACCAGCCCUCGCAGGAUCACCGCUCCUCCAGUACGACCGAGCAGAUCACUGCUUCAUCACCUCCACAAAGAGGGCUCCCAUAUACCCUCGAGGCGGCACCUGGUGUCGUGCUACCGGUCCAAACCUGCAGGUCAUCGCCCACCAAGAACUCGUUAGCUACUACCAGAGACACCCACCCGCUCAUCCAGAAGACGUAUUCACCAUCCUACGGAUCGACGUCGAACCUACACAAACAGCAGAAAGCGUGCAGUCACCCAUCAACGAACAACCACUCGAACUCCCUGAAGUUCACCCCACCCGCACCAACCAAUGCACCGGUUGAAGUCCCUAUGGCAACAUUCACUCAAGCAGACAUCGAUCAGCGCAUCGCUGUCGCCCUCGCAGCAUACCAAUCCCAACAGUCAACUGCCAACCGACCCCUUCGCCUCGACAUCCCCGCUCCCGAACCUUUCAGUGGAAAGGCAGAGGACCUCAGACGCUUCAUCCAAUGCAUCCUCUCCUACUUUAUCGCCUUCACUGUAGCGCUGAUGAGGAAGGAUCUGGGGAAAACAUGGGCGGACGUGUAUUAUGAAAAGUCGGCAGGGGGAGUCCAGGUCUAUUCCACUUGGGCAGACUUCGUUGCCACUCUAGAAGAGAAGGAUAGGAAGACGGUGCUCUCCCUCGGUAACUACGUCACCCGCUUCGAGCAGCUAGCAUCAAAGGCUCAGCUCAAGGACGCUGAGGUCAAUGGCACCAACCGCGUCGAGAACGACUACCACACUCUCCAUGCCAACUUCGUCAAAGGACUCCCGAAGGAGCUGUAUUUUGCGCUCGCAACAAGGGUCACUAGAGAUCAACCCAACACCAUGAAGGCCUGGUACAACGAAGUUCGAAACACCGAUGCAGCUAAGCAGGGGGCUCUCAUCGUCACAGACACCAGGGACUAUGGCGAACCAAUGGAUAUCGACGCCGCUGCCAUCGCAUCAACCUUCGCCUCCACAUCAGGAGGAAGGAAAUGGGAACUAGGAGCCGCUCUCAACGAGGCCAAUCGGAAGCUCCACAGGGACGGGAACCUGUGCUUCUACUGCCACAUCAAGGGUCACAGCGCCAAGGAUUGCCGAAAGAAAGCGGCUGCACGACAAGGAGGUGGGAGGCCGAACCAGGGAGGAUCUGGGAAGGACGACUUCCGUGCCAGAAUCAAGGCACUCUCCGCUGAUGAGAAGCAGGAGCUGUACGAAGAACUCACAAUGGAGGAUUUUUGA